UAAGAUAGGGUCAUAAUGAAGACGGGGCGGGGGCUUGUUUUGGUGUAGAUCUACGAAGACACUGAAAGUGAAAGUGAAAGUAGGAUGACGGAAGUGAUGUAAGCAGGGGUGUUAACCGUCAGCCAGUUUCUCUCCAAGUCGCCGUCCACCACCUCGCAACAUUUUGAAGGCUUGCAACGUAUGCCGUGACGUCUUGCGUCACAGAGAGCAUGGUGAAGUGAGGAGGUGAACUUGUGAUGGCCAGUAGAACGAACACCAUCUGGUCAUGGCCACUUCCGGUGUGUCAUCUGAAAUCAAAUGAACACUUCUGGUGAGCAGCCUGAAGGUCAUAUGGCCACUUCUGGUGAGCAGUCUGAAGGUCACAUGGACACUUCCGGUGAGCAGUCCGAAGGUCCCGUGGACACUUCUGGUGAGCAGCCUGAAGGUCACAUGGCCACUUCCGGUGAGCAUUCAGAAUCUGAUGUUGACAUGGUCAGUUCAGACGAGGAACAUGAAGGUCACUUGGUACCAACAGGUUCAGCUGAGCAUGAGGAGGACGUUGAGAUGGAGAGCCAAGCAAUCACACUAAGUACAGGUGAACAUCCUUCAGGGAACCCCCAAGCUGCCAACAUGAUCAACAUCGUCACUGGAGGGGCAGGACAAGGUACACUGGGGAGAGAUACCCUUGAUUUACGCACAGAUGAAGCAAGGAAGAUUUUUGCUCCAUCUGAAGCCUACAGAAAAGUGAAACAGAAAUUGAAGGAAUUUGGUUAUGUGACUAUCUGUGGUGCUUCAGGAGAGGGCAAGACAACAAUGGCUCUGAUGCUGGCUUCAAGGUAUAGACAAAAGGGGCACGAAGUCGUGUUUGUGGACAGCCUUAAGAAGUUUGACUUUGACCGAUGUCUUAGUACUUACUCAAGAGUAUUUCUGAUUGUUGAUGAUUUGUUUGGUACUGUUGGAGUAUCUGCUAAUACUUCACAGGUUAAAAACUUUCUGAACAAUCUUCUCCCCCAUUUAGAACAAAAACAGAGAGCAGAAAAGAAACGGUCAGAAAUCAGUGAUGCUGGUGAAAAAUCCAGAAAGAAAAUGCAAAGUUUAAAAUUUCAAACAAAGGACAUUCAUGUUAUCUUCACAUCAAAAUCAUACAAUUUCCAUGAUGGACUUGCAAAACUGCAGUAUGUAGAUUUCAAACUGUUCAAAAGUCAGACAGUAGUGGACUUAACAAAACAAGAACAAUACAGGCUUUCUGACAAAGAGAAAAAAUCAAUAUUUGAACGACAUAGGCAUCUUCUUGGUGACUGCUCUGUGCAACACAUUCCAGAUUACAAUGAGCUGGAAAUCUGUUUCAUUUUUGGAUUUCCUCUCAUUUGUAAACUUUGUUUUGAAUUUUCCUCAUUCUUUAAAAAAGCAAAGUCAUUUUUCAAGGAACCACUGUUUUAUCUUAGGUUAGAACUGAAGCAGUUACUUGAAGAUAGAAAUGAUAGAUCGGCCAUAUUGGUUCUGAUGCUGCUGUGUGAAGACAAAUUGAACCUGACCAGGUUAGACAGUGGAGAUGAAGACAAGGAAAUGGACAGGAUGGUAAAAACUGUUCAAGACCUGAUGCCAAAUGCUACACGUUCAGGCAUGUACAAAGCCGCUAAAAGUUUUAGAGGUACUUUCUUCACAAGAGGAGACACUGUUGGCUUUGCUCAUUCUUCAGUCUAUGAUGCUUGUGCCUGUGCCUUGUUCAAUAUCAGUCCAGUCUUUGUUUUGAAGAACUGUAGUGAUGACUUUCUGUUUGAAAGAGUACAAGGUGAAAAAGUUGAAGAAACAACAGUUGAUGACCAUCUCCAUCUGAUAUAUGUCUCAGAUAAUUAUGAUGACCUACUUACAACAAGGCUUGCAGAUUCUAUUAAACAAGGAAAGUUUUCUCAAUCAGUGACACAUCCAGUUCUCAAACGAGACACAACAGCUUUUAAACUGCUCAACAAACUUCAGUGGGAUGGGACAAAGCACCACCAUCUGCAUAAUCAAACUGAUUCUAAAGAUGAACUUUGGUUUCACAGAAGAGAGAAAGGAAAAUGUUUCCUGUACUGGGCUGUUCUUGGACAUAAUGCACAUCUAGUUACAGAUGUAGAACACACAACUGGAGAAGUGUUCUCUCAAGAGGAAAUCAGUCAAGGUAUGGAAGGGUGUGCACAAAGCAACAAUGUGACAGUAUUGAAAUGGCUCUUCACUCGCUGUGAAAAACAUGAUCAUCAACAGACACUCAAAAGACUUUUGUUGCAGGCUGCUGAAAAUGGCAGCUCCGAUACUCUAAUGUAUCUGCUCCAGGAAGGUGCUGAUGUUAACACUAGAGACAAGAAGUUACAAAACAUCUUCCAUCUGGUCUGUAAGACAGGAAUGGAAAAAUCCCUGAAAAUCCUGUUAAAUAGGAAACCUGGAGAUAAUGUUAUAAACUCUGUUGAUGUGAAUGGCCGAACCCCUGUCAUGGUUGCAGCACUUUCAGCAUCAGAAGGUUGUUUUGAUUUACUAUGGAAAAUAUCAAACUUGAAUAUGAAAGACAAGUAUUGCAAUAACGUUAUUCAUCUUGCAUGUCAUGGUGGCAACAAGGCUGUCCUGAAACAUCUCCUGUCUCCUUCUAACAUCAACAGUAGAGUAUGACGCAAUUAUGAUUCUUGCUUUGUCAGCAUGAUUCCUGUGCUAAUGGGUUUCACGAAAGUAGUAACAUGUGCAACUUGCCUCACUUCAGUCUUUUCUUCCACAGCCCGCUGACAUGCCGUGAUAUAACCGAAUUGCUGAUGAAAGCCGUGUGAACUAGGCACUUGUGAUUCAUUUGCAUAUUCAGUGAAUCAAACCAUAUCCCGUCAUGAAUUUGAUUCGUUAUCUGCAAUUACUAGAAUCAAAUAUUCAUGAGGGUUUUUUUUAAAAGGAGUGUUUAUCCUUAAAUUUGAUAUAAUUUAUCAAAGUGAGAUUAGCAGAAUGGAAUAUAUUCAAGCCAAGCAGGAUAGCAGUCAACAUUUUUAUGUAUUUAAUUUGACAUUGAUGUAGUCACUGGUAACUGACAGGAUAAAUUUGCACUGUCCACAUGGUGCCGCCAUGUGAACUAGGCACUUAUGAUUCAUUUGCAUAUUCAGUAAAUCGAACCAUACCCCUUCAUGAAUUUAAUUUGUUAUCCGCAAUCACUAGUAUCAAAUAAUCAUAACUUGUUUAAAAAGGAGUGUUUUUUCUUGAGGAUUAGCUUGCGCAGUUCAGUAUGGAUUUGUUCAUUUUGUACCUCCAAUAGCUGAUCACCAUGAGCAUGAUGAGGAGACCAUAUGGCUUACAUAUCAGACAUACCAGUUUGAUACCGAUUUUAUGGAUCAUGGUAGCGUCUGUGACAUCAGCUUAUCUUCAGCAUAUAUGUACUUUGACAAAUGUUGUUCACAUUUAACCCUGGGCCUGUGGUAUGAAGCCAUUCUUGAUAUCAUACAAUGGUGUGGCUGAGUAGUGGCACAAGGGAGAUAACUCGUAUACUGGUGCUUAACAAUGUACCACUAAUAAAGGAUCACAACACACAUUACACUUGGACUUCAUCAGGAAAGUGUAUGUGAAGCACUUUGAAUAUCAAUUUGACAAUCACAUUGAUGUAACAGUCCCUUCGUCUGCUUUUGACUUUAACAUCUGGAGGUUCAACUUCUGACUGGUUGAUAAUGGGCUGGGACGUGACUAGAUGGAGACACAGAUUCCAUUUACAUCAUGUUUGUGUACUUCUUUAUGAAAGCAUUGAUAAACUUUUAUUGCUUUUAAAAAAUAGUUUUGUGAACUUGCAGGUAUGUAAACUUGUGACUUUGCAUUACAACAAUUUUCUGCACUAUCACAUUCUUGUUUUCAGAUUUUGUAACAAUUUAGUUUUGUAUUUUUGUCCUCAGUGUUUUCACAAAGACAUUCAUACUGUUGUAAUUUUACUGCUAUACUACCAGCUGUUGUAAAAAUAACAGCCAUCAAUGUAUUGCACUGCCUGUUUCUUCACAAUGUUCUAAAAUUGCAUAAGAGACUUUUGUACGCUAUUGGUGAUAUGAUGACUAUAAAUACUGGCUUUUGUUUGUAAUACAAUUAAGUUAUCUUUGUGGAUUGUACACUAUUGGUGAUAUCAUGACUAUAAAUAUUGGCUUUUGUUUGUAAUAAAAUUACGUUAUCUUUGUGGAUUGUACACUCUUGGUGAUAUCAUGACUAUGAAUAUUGGCUUUUGUUUGUAAUAAAAUUACAUUAUCAUUGUGGAUUGUACACUAUUGGUGAUAUCAUUAUUAUAAACAUUAGCUUUGUAAUAAAAUAAAAUUAUCAUUUUGGA